AUGGUCGAGAACGAAAAGGAAUAUAUGACAAGCAAAGUGAUGCCGGUUUCCGAACAAGGCAGCCAACAGAAAAAGCAAAAGCAAAACCAAUAUCCACCGAGUUUCAUGGAUAAGUUCUUGCAGGCACCUUAUGCUUGUGGCAAGAUCCUAUCGGGUUUCUGUUUGUGCGUACACAGGGUUAUUCACUUGGAAACAGUAUCCAAUUGUGUAUAUCUUGGAAAGAUUGCUGGGGAAACCAACGUUUUUGAUGUAUCUCUAAUGUAGCAAAACGAUAGAACAAUCAUAAACAUUGCGCUUAAUUGCUGAAAUUACUUCAGAAAUGAAGAGUCUGCGCUGAAGAAUAGAUGAGAAACCUGUCCCGGCCAAAAAUAGUUAUUUAUCACCACAUUGGAGCCUACACAAACGAAAUCCAUAACAUUGAAUUGAAUGAAUUGAAUGAAUUGAAUUGAUUGAAGCCUUUCAGCCUUGAGUUCCUGGAAAACAUUUGACAUGCAGAAGUCGAAUAAUACCUCAACCUGAUUUUCCCCUCGCCGCUCUUUCCUCUCGUUAUUUUUGGCUGUGCACAAUUCACUUAUUUAAAGUCCUAACCUCGACUCAUUUUCCCAAUAUCCUUCUUCUCCCCCACAACCUCAACAACUCUUCAACAACUCUUCUACAACUUCCUCCAACUUCCUCCAACUUCCUACAACUUUCCAUCCACUUCAAUAAUACUUGGAUUGUCUAUCUAUUUUCAUCUAUCGCUGAACAUUCUUGAAUCUUGUGAGUAUUCUUCUUGCUAUUACUUUAUUUAUACUUUCUUGAAUAUAAAUCUUUGAGUUAUGGGCACUGAUUUGGCUUUUUAGAUCGUCGUCGUUCGUCGUAAAUCGCACAAGUCGCACGCGCACUUCAAUAUCAAACACCAAACACCAAACCGCCUACCCAAACGAAGUAAGAUACUAUCCUUCCUAUUAUCCCUCUCUGUCUAUCCUCGAGCAUUCCUCUCUGUCGAUCUCACAUGACUGUCUAUCUUGACAAAUAUGUUUUCCUCGUAAUUGUCGCGAGGUGCGCUGGUUGCGUCUUUCGAUCUAUUUCACCUUUACUUGGGCAUAUUCACAUUCACUGGUUCUCAUAUAGUAGCGAUCUUGUCAUCGUUACUUUCUCCUCUUGCUUCCACUUUUUUUCCUACUUGUACUUCCUUUUCCACUUCUCAACUUCCACCUCUUCUACUUCCUACUCGCUCUUAUUACUCGACUUUAUAUCCAUUACACAACUAUCCAAAAUCAAAUAAUCAUACUGAUAUCCAUCGCAGAACUUCUAGUACCGCAACAAUGCCAAACUGGAAGACCUAUGAGGCAUCUGGUAUGUUUAUCUGACGAUCACACGGCUUGCACUAUACUUACUUCAUGGUAACAGUUCGCCUACUUUCCGCCAUCGUCGCUGCCCACCCUAAUCUCAAACUCGAUUACAAUGGUUAGUAAACAUUUCCUUAUAACUUUAUCUUCCUCAUCAAGUCAUCCGCGUUUCAACAAUCCGUAAAAUUUAUUCAUUUCUUUUGUCUUUGAUCCCUGAUUUUGCCAGAAACUUCCAAAUAUUACGGAGAUGAGUCGAACUAUCAUCAAAUUUGGACACGAAUGACUGGCAUCAAACGAAAUGCCGAACAACUUCGAAAAGCUGUCGAAGCCGGUGUUAAUCCGUCCACUGUCAAUCUGGAAGAUGGUUUAAACGGUAGAAAAGGUAUCAUGGUGGAGCAUAAGCUAUUUUUGUUCAUCUGUUGUCCUUUGAGCACAUUACAUAUUUCACAUGCAGCCAUUCUUGUUUCUAUAUUGAUUUUCGUGUAGAAAUCAGUGUUCGGUUUGGAGGAGACUGUACAGCCUCUGCAAUUGACAACAGAUUUAGGCGUCUGAAGUCUGAUGCCAAGUUAAUCAACGCUGCCAUUGCCAAGGGAGAAGAUCCUAUCUUCAUGAAUGUGGGCGACACCAAUGGCAAUGUUGCCUACAAGGGAAAAGGUGGUAAUGAUGGAUAUUUAUUCUCGUUUCUCAAAUUCUACAUCACAAAAGCACAUGUUUAUCUCAUUUACCUGCACUAAUUUAACGCUAGCGAUUUCUGAGCUCAUGGGAUCGGCAACUCCAGCUAGUCAUAUCCAAUCUCAGCACCGGGAGACUAUUAAACCACUUGGCGAACGCUUGAUCGCCAUGCGUGAUGCUGGCGAGGAUUGCAAGGAUGUCGAUUUGACAGACUUGGGUUGUCGCCGAUACAAGGCUGGUCAGGGAGUUCUGUCUGUGUUUUCAGAACCUUCCUUUACUUCUUCACACAGCCCAAGCACCUUUCCUUUUUUGAAUUUCACUGAUAUCCCCGUUAGUGAUUGCUCAAAAAAAGGGAUCAGAUGUCACACCAAAUGGAAUUAAAGCACAAUUUUCUCGAAGCUUCAAAGUUUUGGCUGCUCGUAAAAAUGCUUUAUUUGAUUCUGGCGAAGACCCUAAGGAUGCUAGUUUAGAUAACUUGGGUAGUCAACGCAAGCUUGGUGAUAUUUCACUUCCUAGAACUUUGUCUAUUUUGCAGAACACUAUCACAUUUCCACAACACCAUACACAUUUUCUUUGUGUUUGAACAUAACUGAUCCAAACUUCAGAGGUUGCCAAGUAUAUGGGCUCUGAUGUCACUGCUCUAGCUGUCAAGAUGCGGUAUAGUACCAAAAUUAGAGUUCUUUCACGUCGUCAGAUCGCUAUGGUCGACGCCGGUUUAGACCCUUUGGAUGCCUUAAACAGCUUGGAAGGUGGUUAGAGGCUCUUUCAAUACUCUGCUUCCAGUUCUCACCAUCUUAUUUCACUACAGCACAUCACAAUAUUUUAUUAUGUUUGAGCUACACUGAUGUUAACGCUACUAGAAACUGCUAGAAUUAUGGGAUCAGACACCACUGCUUCAUCUCUCAAACAUCAUUUUCAACGCACAGUCAAGCUUCUUGGCCGUCGUCAGAUGUCGAUGCUUGCAGAGGGUAAUGAUUCCAAGGAUGUCAGCCUUGACAAACUAGGCUUAAGUGCAUCCAAAGGUGGUCAGGAGUUCUGUCUUCAUCUACCCUACAGUUUUUGCGAACCAUUUCAUCACAGCAUAUACAUCAAACUACCAUAUCAUCGUUUGAACAGUACUGAUACGUUAACUACUAGAGAUUGUUGCAAUAAUGGGAUCAGAUGUUUCCGCUGAAGCCAUCAAGCAACAAAUCGGCAAGCGUAUUAAGGUUAUUGGCAGUCGUCAAACCAAGAUGCGUGCAGCUGGUCAAGAUCCUAAAGAUGUCGACUUGGAAGAUUUAAUGCCUUCCAAGAGAGACAAAAGUGGUCAGGAGUUCUGUCUAUCCUCUACUCUCUAUUUCUCCACCCCAUAUCACACAACACGCUUUCAUCGCCAUUACAUCAAACCAUGACUGAUUAAUAACAGAAAUGGACAAACUCAUGGGAGAUUGUACUAGUGGCGGUAUUCGAUUCCAAUUCGAUACCCGCUACAAAGUUAUUGGUGAACGUCAAAAAGCCAUGUUGGCUGCAGGUCAAAAUCCGUCCACUGUUGAUAUUGUCACUAGUGGCAAGACUAGUUAGAAGUUCUACCAUGUUUUAAUAUUUUUUGAUCUAUUUCCCUUGCACUUUCAUACAAAAAAACACACAUCUAUAUUAAGCGCAUAUUAACUUAAUCCCAGAGCUUCAACACUGUUUUGGUUCAGAUGCUACUGCAGGAGGAAUCAAAUUCCAGUUUGCUACCACCAUCAAGAAAAAUAUUGAUCAGAUUCGCAGUGCGAGAGCUGCGGGCAAGGACUGCAAGGAUAUCUUGUUCAAUUCUAAUGGUCUCUUCAGCUCUCUCCAUUAUUUAUUUCAUGCGCAUUUUAGGCACACACAUAUUCCUUAGCACUCCAUAAACGUUGUGAUCUUUUUAUUAAUGUUAGUCGAUAGAAAUGGCGAAGCACUUCGGUUCUGAUACAGACGUCAACUCGAUGAAAUGGCAAUUUCGAGGUAUCAGAGCUGGUGCUAAGAUCCAACAAGACGCAUUAGCCAACGGAAAGGAUCCCAAAGACUUUAACGUCCUUGCCAAUCCUGACUCCAGAAAGCGCGAUGGCAAGUCUGCUUGA